UUUGCAAUGCAUCAGUUUGCCACCAGCCCACCACUCUUAAACGACAGGGUUUCGUACGAACCCCGCCGUCGUUUACUGCCUCCUCCCCUCCCUCCGUGAACUGCAACAAAUCUGCCACCGCGAAGCCAAUCGUCUCAUGGAACACGCCGCAAAGGCGCCAUUACCAGAAGCUUUCCUUCACUUCCUGGAGGCCAAUGGGCUCGACCCAUCCAUCUACACCGCCGUCGAUUCCACCCCACGAUACAUUCGGUUGAAACCCGGUUGCGAAGCUUGUCUUGAAGAGGUUGAAGCAGAGGUGAAAUGCAAGCUCGAGAAAUUGGAAUGGUUGCCAGGGUUUUACUCUCUUCCUCCUCAUGUUCACAUUGCUGGCUCUAAGCCUUACAAAGAAGGGAAGAUAUAUGGAAUUGAUGCAUCUUCAGGAGCUGCUGUUAUGGCUUUAGAUAUAUCACCUGGGGAUCAUGUCCUGGACCUAUGUGCUGCUCCUGGUGCUAAACUUUGUAUGAUACUAGACCUUCUUGGUGAUUCUGGCUCUGUUACGGGAGUUGAUGCUGCGAGGCAUCGAUUGGCAGCAUGUAGAACAAUGCUGCAGAAAUAUAAACUGGGUGAUCGAUGCCGGCUUUUUGUUGCUGAUGGAACAGCAUUUUCAGUUAUUCCUCAGGGGUUUUGUUCGGAUUCUAAAUCAUGCGAGUCUGGAUUGGAAGAGAGAAUGGAUGUGUUCAAGGAGUGGACAUCUAGGAGACCAUGGAAAGAGAGAAAAAGAGCAAAUCAAAGUGGGACUCCACAGUUGGUGUCUAGGUCUCAGCCUCCUGAACUCAUAUAUUAUGGACAACAUUCUGGAGUUAUUGGUCUUACUAAAGGAGAAUUAUAUAAGACUGUAUCUGACAAUGAGAUUGCAAGCCAUGGCUAUGACAAAGUCCUUGUGGAUGCUGAAUGCACUCAUGACGGUUCAGUUAAACAUAUACAAAAGUUUGAACAUUGGGGCUGGUUAACACUUCAACGCCGUUUGCUGGAUGCUGAGAGGACUGAUAAUUUACAUGCUCUUCAGCUGAAUCUUCUCACCAACGGUUUCAGACUUCUAAAAGUUGGGGGGUCACUCGUAUAUAGCACUUGCAGCUUAACUGUUGCUCAAAAUGAAGAUGUGGUGGAGCAGUUCUUGAAGGAAAAUGUGACUGCUGAGUUGAUGGAGAUAGAUGUUGCUAGAAAUUGGCCUUGCAAAGGUGGUCGCAUACCAAAAACAUGGCGAUUUGACUCCUUAACAUCACAAACCAGUGGACUCUUUGUGGCGAAGUUCACAAAAGUUGUCAUAUGAUCUUUUUUUACUUCCUCGGAGAAAAUAGGGUAUGUUUGGUUACCCAUUUCAUUUUUCAUCAAAUGUGUUUAGAGAUCACAAAGAUUGUCAUUACCAAAUGAAAAUGUAUUUUUUCACAACUAUUCUACUUCCACCUUUAGAGAGAGAUAGAAAUAGUAGAGAGAAGUGAGAGAUAUGAUGUGUCAUCCUUAGUUAUGUUCUUUGUAAAGUUCGUUUGACUUCUUAUGAAUGAAUUGUCCAGCACUAAGAACCGAUA